CCUCUCAGUCCCACCAAACCCCAACGCUCCCCCAACAACCCCCGGAAUAAAUCCCGCCCCACAAAUUCCCCAACUCCCACAAACCCCAUUCCACGAAACCCGCACGGGAAUUUCUAGGGUUUUUCCCGCACGCCACCUCCGCCCACACACACAGACGCAGCCUCGCCUCAUUCCGCCCCCCAAAACGCCACCCUUCUCCGCCUGCCUCGUCUCGUCUCGCCACGGCCCGGGCUCUCUCCGCCGCCGCCGCAAUGCGGUCGCCGCCGCCCCCGCCGUGGCGGCCCCGCCUCCUCCAUUUCGCGCUCCCCCUGCUGCUCGCGGCGCUGGCGGCGCGGGCGGGGGCCGACCUCGCGGACGACGCGCGGGCGCUGCUGGCGUUCCGGGAUGCCGUGGGGCGGCACCUGGCGUGGAACGGCACUGACCUCGGAGGUGCGUGCUCGUGGACAGGUGUCACCUGCGAAGGCGGCCGCGUGGCUGUGCUGCGGCUCCCCGGGGCGGCGCUUUCGGGGCAGGUCCCCGCGGGGACGCUCGGGAACCUUACGGCACUCCACACACUCAGCCUUCGCCUCAACGCGCUCUCCGGCGAGCUCCCGGCCGACCUCGCCUCCGCGGCCUCGCUCAGGAACGUCUUCCUCAACGGGAACCGGCUGUCCGGCGAGUUCCCGCAGGCGAUUCUCGCGCUUCCGGGGCUCGUCAGGCUCGCGCUCGGCGGGAACGACCUUUCGGGCCCCAUCCCGGCGGCGCUUGGCAACCUCACGAGCCUCAGGGCCCUGCUCCUCGAGAAUAAUCGCUUUUCCGGCGAGAUUCCGGAUGUGAAGCUGCCGCAGCUGCAGCAGUUCAAUGUCUCGUUCAACCAGUUAAACGGAUCCAUCCCAUCUGGGCUUCGGACCAUGCCACGCUCGUCUUUCCUGGGAACGGACUUGUGCGGCGGGCCCUUGGGACCUUGCCCUGGUGAGGCCUCGCCAUCCCCUGCUCCGGCGGGGCAGCCGACCUCAUCGACACCUGUGCCCAGUGGCGGCGGCGGCGGCGGCGGCGAAGGUGGAAAUGGGGGAGGAAGUGGUAAUAAGAGCAAGAAGCUCUCUGGCGGUGCCAUUGCCGGAAUCGCCAUAGGCUCCGCCUUGGGAGCCGCGCUUCUCCUCUUCCUCCUCGUCUGCCUCUGCCGCAGGUCGGGACGCACCAAGACGCGGUCUCUGGAGAUGCCGCCUCCUUCUCCGACGCCGGUCGCUGUUGCCGGCGGCCGGAAACCUCCCGAGAUGACCAGUGGCGCGGUCGUAGCGCCGUUGACAACCGUAGGCCACGUACAUGCUUCUGUUGGUCAGUCGACGUCCGGGAAGAAGCUGGUUUUCUUUGGGUCAGCGGCCGCCGUGGCACCGUUCGACCUGGAGGGCCUGCUGCGCGCGUCGGCUGAGGUGCUCGGAAAAGGAGCGUUUGGGACGACAUACAAGGCAGUGCUUGAGUCUGGGGCGACUGUGGCGGUGAAGCGGCUCAAGGACGUGACUCUAUCUGAGCCUGAGUUCCGUGAACGCAUUGCUGAGAUUGGUGAGCUUCAACACGAGUUCAUCGUGCCGCUCCACGCCUACUACUACAGCAAAGAUGAGAAGCUACUUGUAUACGACUUCAUGCCCAUGGGCAGCCUUUCUGCAGUCCUGCACGGGAACAGAGGUUCUGGUCGUACACAGCUUUACUGGGAAACAAGAUCAAGCAUUGCCCUAGCUGCAGCACGUGGUAUCGAGUACAUCCACUCAACGAGCUCAACGGCUUCCCACGGCAACAUCAAGUCAUCUAAUGUCCUCCUGGACAAAUCAUAUCAAGCACGUGUAUCAGACAAUGGGCUUACCACUCUUGUUGGUCCAUCAUCUACACCAUCUCGCACCACUGGAUACCGUGCACCUGAGGUUACGGAUUCCCGGAGGGUAUCCCAGAAGGCAGACGUCUACAGCUUUGGUGUUCUGUUGCUUGAGCUGCUCACUGGCAAGGCCCCCAGUCAGGCUGCUCUCAACGAUGAGGGUGUUGACCUGCCUAGGUGGGUGCAGUCGGUUGUUCGCUCAGAGUGGACUUCAGAGGUGUUUGAUAUGGAGCUCCUGAGACAUCAGAAUGUUGAGGAACAGAUGGUUCAGCUUCUGCAGCUUGCUAUAGACUGUGUUGCUCAAGUACCAGAGGCUCGGCCAUCAAUGCUGCAUGUUGUCAUGCGGAUAGAGGAGAUCAAGAAAUCAAACGAAAGCGCUGAAGCAAAAGAACAGCAGCAGAAGGUCUCGAACAUCGAAGAAGGCGAUGAUCAAUCUUCCAGGGCUGAAUCUAUCAAGGCUCCAACCAAUCCCUUUGCUCCUAAUCUCGAUUGACUUUGAGAGAGGAAUCGGCUAUAACUCUAGCCCGCAUUAGAUUCAUACAUUUGAUGAAUCCUAUCUUCGACUGAGUCAACUGUUUUUUUCAUCUUUUAGCCUAUUGAAUUUAACGCUGUCGUUAACCUGAUUGUCAUUCGGCAGCACAGGGUGCUUGGCACGCUGUGCUGCGGAAGGUGAUUGGUGAUGUGUUUAGGGACCAGUGUCAAAAGUGUGAUUGCUUAAUUGCUGCGCUCAUUCGAGCCUUGAUCAGGUUGGCUUUAGCUUGUAGCUGCUUUGCUUCGGCUAUCUCCAUAUGUAAUUACUCGGCCCA